UCAGGAACUCGGAAAAGCAGGUCGUGCAGGACUAUUGCAUGGAAAGGGGAUGGCUGGGGAUACGUACGGGGCUUUGCGGUAGACCCUUGCGAGGGCCUGUUUCUCUUCUCUCACCAUUUGUGGCAGCAGGGUCGGUUAUGGCUGGUUUCCUUGGCUGUCUGUUCAUCUGCAACGGAGUUGUUCGUUCAUGGGCCUGCACACAUGGAACGGCGCUAUCACACUCGGACGUGCAUGGCUGGAUCACAUCUUGGUUGAGCAGACAUUUGUUGUCCUGGUUUUGCUUGCAUGGCGGCUAUUUGCAUGGGAUACCUAUCUUCCCAUGUCUUGGGGGUAUUUUCUUCUGGGUCACAGGCUACUCUUAGAAUCGCGUUUUAUGCUCUGCGGCAUCAUGGGAGCUGGGCGAUAUCCUGUCCUUACAGCAUUCUGGUUUUCUGGUAGCAUUUACUCGGAUUUGCCUUUUAGUUUUGUUCCUGCAGACCCUGUUUUGAUGGAGAUCUCCCUAUCGUGGUGCCCCGGUUUUCAAGAGCACCCAGCCUCGGUUCUUUAGAAAGGGCCAUCAGCACUAAUAAAAGUCAUGUCGUCGUCGUUGCGAAGA